AUGGGGCAUUUCAGGUUUCCAAUCAAGAUUAAGCUACCACCAGGAUUCGUCAAUGCCAGGAUUCUCAGGGAUAACUUCAAGAGACAGAUGGUAAACGAGAACGAAGUUACAGUAAAGGCUUUGAAAUAUAUCGCAAGGAACACAACUCUACCCAGCAAAUCACGAUUGCAAGCACAAUUACAACUCAAUAUGAUGCCAAAGUAUACUAAGGUUACGCAGGUCAAGAACAGAUGCAUUACGACGGGGAGUGCAAGGUCUGUAAUCAGUGACUUUAGAUUAUGUAGAACUCAAUUUAGAGAGAAAGCGCUAGCGGGACAACUACCUGGAGUCAAGAAAGGUGUAUGGUAG